ACCAAUUUACAGCCUAUCGCUGUCUAGAAUCAGAUAUUGGGCAAGACGUGGAUGCCCCUUAGUAACUGCGUUAUCUGGUAAGCACAGUAUUGUAGCUGGAGAAUAGGAAUUAAAAUUUACGAUAAAAUGGGGAUGCACCGGUGGCUGAUGGGCCCAGUCAUCUGCUUAAUUCUAGCAGUCGCAUCAGCCAGACCGCCCGAGUGCAAGAAAGCUCCUCAUUGGUCCGUAAAUGGGCGGGAACCAAUGCUGGAAACUAGAGGAAAUGUUACAUUGGUGGCCUUACUUCAGGCUUCUUGAUAUUUCUGUCUGCAGCAGGCAUCAAAGCUCGAUGAAAUGUUACAACGCUACCGUUCAUACGGAAUGAAGGAUCUCUCAAUGAUGAUCGUCAAUUCCAAGUUGUCGCAUUCUCGGGCUGAGAUGUUGUUGCUGCAGGACAGAGUAUCCUUCGAAGUGCACCAAGAAACUGAAGAAGAACCCGUUUGGGACACACUGGAGGGGGGAAAGGAUGAUAUGUACAUCUACGACAGGUGUGGAAGAUUGACAUUCUACAUACCUUUUCCACUGAGCAUUAUCAACGAUGACACGCCUUUAAUACACAGCGCUUUAAUGGCGUCUUACUUCGUAAGUCCAUGUGGGAUCACGUGUGACGAAAGUAGCUCUUCCCAAUCUGCUGGCAAUACUGAUUUGGAAACUACCACUCCUUUUCCUUUUACAGAUAUGGUCAGAGAAAACGAGAAUGAUACAGAGUUGAGUCGAGAAAAUGUUCAUUUUUUUAACACGUCUGCCAUGAACGAAACUUUUACGAAUACUGAUGGUAACGCAACAGAUGCUUAUGACUACUUAAACAGAACUGAAACUUUUAAUUUAUCUUUAAACGAAUCAGAUUAUGAAGAUAGCAACGAUACAGAAACAUCUGACUUUUAUAAUCUUAUUCAAAGACUGUUUAGGAAUGAUAUUGACUACACGACGACAGAAGUCUACAUAAACAAUAGCUCUCUUCCUACUGAAGAGAAUGCUACGGAUUAUUUAACUAAUAGUACUAAUUUUAAGGAACAAGAUAUUGUGAUAAACAAGACAGAAAAAACGCCAACUAACGAUAUUUUGUACCAACAACUAGAAGCGUCACAGGAAAAAGAUGUCACGCCAAAGCCAAAGAUGAAACUUCCAGGUCGCUGCGCCGAAGCGGAUUUCGAGAUCUGCAAGAGUUGGAGUAAGAAAAAGCUGCUGAAAGCCCAAAGGUGCUGUUCAGAUACAAUGCAAGGAAACUAUAUAAGUGAGGAUGUCACUUGCAGAAACUUUGGAAAAAGGCGUUGCAAAAAGAUAAGGUAUCUUCUGAAAUGCUGCAUAAAGACAAACAUCAUGGAAGUAACAGAAGAGAAAACCACCUUCGAUGUAAAAGAGGAGACGACGAUGGUGGAAAUAGAAGAGACAACCAAGGAAGCAACAACUGAAGAAACCACUAUAGAAAAUAAUCAUAUGUGUUGUAAAGUUGUUGAUAAUGAGAAACGUUGUCAUUUACAUGGGCAAUCGGGAUGCGAAGAAGAUGAAUUACUAGAAAAAGGGACAGGUCAAAAAAAGUGACAGCAGCUUCCCUGACAAAGUUUGUCAGGGACCGACAAGGUUCAAGUCCUCAAGAAUUCCUUUCAUCCGGUAUGAUGACGAUAGAUGGACAGUGAAUAAAAGUAAAAUGACUGAGAUACAUUGAAACUACAUAAAUAAUACAAAAUCAGUUGUAAAAUGAAACAAAGUAUAAUAGCUUUCAAACAAACGGUAGACUACUAGAAUAGAAGAAGCCAUUUUUACCGUCUGGGAACAAAAAAAGUAUUUAAUUUAUGAAUAUGAAGCACACUUAUAACAUUCUCUUUUAUUCUACAAAAUGUUUCACUUUUUAACUUUUUUCAUUUAUGAUUCUCAAAGCAAACUAAUGAAAAAUAACUUGUUUUGAGCAUAUUCUCACUUUUUUCAACAACUAGACGUAAGGCUGAAAUACUUAAAUGACUAAAUUAAUGUUUAAAAAUUUACACAAACAUAUAAAUGAACGAGCAUAUGCUUAUUAUUUAUGUAUCUCAACAUUUUAAACACUUUGCUUCACUGCUGUUUAUUUGAAAUUUUGAUUUAAUACUGAGUGUGAUGACAAUGAAAAAAAUCCUAACGGAACUUCAUUGUCGGAAGUUACAGUAUUAGCUUUAAUCACGAAAGGAAUAACAUACGUUUCACUUAUGAGUAAUUAUGUUAAUUUGAACGAUAUCUAAAGUUUCAAAAAAAAAAAAGUAGUAUACACAUUUAUUUAUUAAUCAUUUAAUUUUUUGUCUUAUCUCUCUCAGUCGUGUCUUAACGCAGUUGUUUAUGAGCAGCUGUAACAUAUUUUCAUUCUUUAACCACUGUUUCAUUACGGACAUUAUGAUAUAAAAGUAGUAAAUCAUGGAUAGUUCUAUGAAUGAACAAGUCAUCUCUAACGGUGAAUACAUUUGCGAAACAAUCGUUGUUGAUACCAUUGAAAAUUAUUAUAAACGUUACCUUUACCCAAACUUCUUAAAAGUGUUUUGUUAACACUCAUGUCUAAUCUAUGGCUCAAUUUUGGCACAACGAAAUGUUCCAACAUUAAAAUGCUCAAGCAUCUCAGUAUUUUUUUUUUAAGUAUAUCUUUGGAUUUCUGAUUAAAUUUUUUUGUUUUAUGUUUACGCAAAUGUUUAGUUCAUGGGCAUUGAUUUUUUGGUGUCCUAGAAACCAAUUCUGCAAUAAUCAACGCAAAUAUUUUUAACGUAAAAUUAUUAUCAUGUAUGAAAACUCCAAAUAAAUCUUAUUAAAGUGUUUGGAAGCUGGAUGUUGCUGAUAUAAUUUUCAUUAAACUAAUGCGUUGUUGUAUGAAUUGAUUUGAAUGCGAAAAAACUUAAUAAAUAUUUAUGAACGGAAAUAUUUAAUAAGUUUUACUUGAAAAAAAAGAUUCUGAAGAUUUGUAUCAAGAAAAGUGAUUACUUAUACAAGCAUAAAGGACUACAAUAACAGCCAAAAAUAUUUAUUAGCAGAUAAAGAAGAAUUAUUUUUAAAAUAAAGUUUGCAUUUGAGAUAAAUGUAAAAAUGUAUUAUGUAAUAUACGAGUAAAUUAUUUUAAAAAUAAUAAAAUGAUUUUU